GCUUGAGACUUACCCCUGCGCCGCCUGCCCACGGGGGCCUCCACCACCCUCACCUCGGCCUCACUAGCCCGCCAACCCAACUCGGCGGCUCCUCCGCGAGCCUGCCGGGAACUCGCGCCCCUCGCGCUCCCCGGCCCCCGAGGGGGCCGCCUCGGGCCAUGGUGCCCUCCCAGGAGGAGCCCGCCGCCGCGCGGGGGCCGAGCGAGGCGCAGCCGCCCGGCCCUGCGCCCCCAGGGGCCGCUCCGCUGCCCGGCCCGGGACCCUUGGAUGGCCUGGAGGCGGCGGGGGCCGAGAAGGUGGAGGUAGAGCUGGCGGGGCCGGCGGGGCCGGCGGGCGCUGAGCCGCUUGAGCCCCCUGAGGGCGGCUGGGGUUGGCUGGUGAUGCUGGCGGCUAUGUGGUGCAACGGGUCGGUGUUCGGCAUCCAGAACGCCUGCGGGGUGCUCUUCGUGUCCAUGCUGAAGACUUUCGGGUCCAAGGACGAUGACAAGAUGGUCUUCAAGACAGCAUGGGUAAGUUCUCUCUCCAUGGGGAUGAUUUUCUUCUGCUGCCCAAUUGUCAGCGUCUUCACAGACGUGUUUGGUUGCCGGAGAACAGCUGUCGUGGGUGCUGCUGUUGGAUUUGUUGGACUCGUAUCAAGUUCUUUUGUAAGCUCCAUCGAGCCUCUGUACCUGACCUAUGGAAUCAUAUUUGCCUGUGGCUGCUCCUUUGCCUACCAGCCUUCAUUGGUCAUUUUGGGACACUAUUUCAAGAAGCGCCUUGGACUGGUGAAUGGCAUUGUCACCGCCGGCAGCAGUAUCUUCACAAUUUUGCUGCCUUUCCUUUUAAGGGUACUGACUGAGAGCGUGGGCCUCUUUUAUACCCUGAGGGUCCUCUGCAUCUUCAUGUUUGUUCUCUUUCUGGCUGGCUUUACUUACCGACCUCUUGCUUCCAGUGCCAAAGAUAAAGACAGUGGAACCAAAGGAGGCAACAGAUUCUCCCUCUUUUCCAGGAGAAAGUUCAGUCCUCCAAAAAAAAUUUUCAAUUUUGCCAUCUUCAAGGUGACAGCAUAUGCAGUGUGGGCAGUUGGAAUACCACUUGCACUUUUUGGAUACUUUGUGCCUUAUGUUCACUUGAUGAAACAUGUGAAUGAAAGGUUUCAAGAUGAGAAAAAUAAAGAGGUGGUUCUCAUGUGCAUCGGCAUCACUUCAGGAGUUGGACGGCUGCUCUUCGGCCGGAUCGCAGAUUAUGUGCCUGGUGUGAAGAAAGUUUAUCUACAGGUACUGUCCUUUUUCUUCAUUGGUCUGAUGUCCAUGAUGAUUCCCCUGUGCAGCCUCUUUGGGGCCCUCAUUGCUGUCUGUCUCAUCAUGGGUCUCUUCGAUGGAUGCUUCAUUUCCAUUAUGGCCCCCAUUGCCUUUGAGUUAGUUGGUGCCCAGGAUGUCUCACAAGCAAUUGGAUUUCUACUCGGAUUCAUGUCUAUACCCAUGACUGUGGGCCCACCCAUUGCAGGGUUACUCCGUGACAAGCUGGGCUCCUAUGAUGUGGCAUUCUACCUCGCUGGAAUCCCUCCCCUUAUUGGAGGUGCUGUCCUUUGUUUUAUUCCAUGGAUCCAUAGUAAGAAGCAAAGAGAGAUCAAUAAAACCACUGGAGGAGAAAAGAUGGAGAAAAUGUUGGAGAACCAGAACUCUCUGUUGUCAAGCUCAUCUGGAAUCUUUAAGAAGGAAUCUGACUCUGUUAUUUAAUGUCUUAUAUACCUCCACCAGACUGGACUUGCUUUUAGAAGUUUAAGCAAGUUUUCCUUUUAUAUGAAUUGCAAAUUUCUUAUUUUUUUAAUCACAUCCUAGGAAUAGCACAAUAAUUGGGAAAUAGAACCUUAUUACUACAAGAAUCAUUUUCUGCCACUGAAAGCUGUCCAAUAUUUCCAUGAGUCUGAGGCCGGAGACUCAGACUUAAUUUCAUGUACAAGAAAACCUGUCUGAAAGUCAAAUAUUAUGAGAAUAUGAAGCUAUCUCAGUAAAAAGUAACUUCAGAAACUGUGAGCGCUAUUUAGCUUAUACAAAUAUUUAAAAAUACCUCAAGCUGUAUUGAAAGGGUUGCAGUUUGGUUAGGACUGGAAAUAUUGUUUGUUGUCUCACUUGGCGUUUUUAGUUUUGGUAUCUUUGAUUUCUUCUGCUAUUUGGAAACAAAAUUUAAGCCUGGAUUCUAGAUAAUAUCAGAUCUACUUAAAUCUCAAGUCUAGUUAAAAUUGCUCCCCUGCUCUUAAAUAAGCUUUGAAAGUAAGUUAUUCUGACUUGCUCCAGUGUCAAGGGACCUUUUUGGAGCAGGUACUGACAAGGUGUUCAGAAUCGAGGUGUGAGAUGAACAGGAUCAUGUUCAUAAGGGCAGAACAGCUCAGAAAUCAGACAUUUCUUCCAUUUACAUUUUUCCCCUUUGGAUUUGCAGUGUGUUUUACUCAAGUAGCCAGAAACACCCUAGAUUUCUGAAUUUGUUUAAAUUGUAACAAUAAAGUAAAAUAGAAGAACUGAAAGAUA